AUGAUUGUGGACUACAGGAAAAGGAAGACCGAGGAUGCCCCCAUUCUCAUCGACGGGGCUGUCGUGAAGCAGGUUGAGAGCUUCAAGUUCCUCGACCCACAACCUGACUACAGGAAGAAGAGUCUGUCCUCACCAGACCCACAACCUGACUACAGGAAGAAGGGUCUGUCCUCACCAGACCCACAACCUGACUACAGGAAGAAGGGUCUGUCCUCACCAGACCCACAACCACAACCUGACUACAGGAAGAAGGGUCUGUCCUCACCAGACCCACAACCUGACUACAGGAAGAAGAGUCUGUCCUCACCAGACCCAGACCCACAACCUGACUACAGGAAGAAGGGUCUGUCCUCACCAGACCCAGACCCACAACCUGACUACAGGAAGAAGGGUCUGUCCUCACCAGACCCACAACCUGACUACAGGAAGAAGGGUCUGUCCUCACCAGACCCACAACCUGACUACAGGAAGAAGGGUCUGUCCUCACCAGACCCAGUUCCCACACCUGACUACAGGAAGAAGGGUCUGUCCUCACCAGACCCACAACCUGACUACAGGAAGAAGGGUCUGUCCUCACCAGACCCAGUCCCACACCCUGACUACAGGAAGAAGAGUCUGUCCUCACCAGACCCAGUCCAGCACCCUGACUACAGGAAGAAGGGUCUGUCCUCACCAGACCCAGUCCCACACCCUGACUACAGGAAGAAGGGUCUGUCCUCACCAGACCCACAACCCUGA